GUCGAUGCUGUCUUCUAACACCAUGCUCCACUCCACUGACUCCACAUCUUUGCAUGACAAGUAAUUUUGGUUAGUCCGUGAAACUUGCACAAACUGUUUUGUGCAAGUAAGACUGUUGGUUAUCCUUUUAAAUCAGAGAAUUGCGAAUAAAAAUGUUCCGUAAUCAAUACGACAGCGACGUGACGGUGUGGAGUCCACAAGGUCGACUACAUCAGGUGGAAUAUGCUAUGGAAGCUGUGAAGUUGGGAUCAGCUACUGUAGGCCUCAAGAGUAAAACACACGCGGUUCUUAUUGCGCUGAAGAGAGCGUCGUCGGAGCUGUCAGCUCAUCAGAAAAAGAUUAUACCGAUAGACAAACAUAUGGGAAUCAGUAUUUCAGGUUUAACAGCUGAUGCAAGAAUAUUAAGCCGUUAUAUGCGAACUGAAUGCCUGAAUUAUAAGUAUGCUCACGACGACACGUUACCUGUGGGUCGUCUGAUUACAUCUCUGGGAAAUAAGAUGCAAACGUGCACGCAAAGAUACGAUCGGCGUCCAUACGGUGUGGGCUUACUUGUGGCUGGAUAUGAUGAUCAAGGACCGCAUAUAUAUCAGACGUGUCCAUCGGCGAAUUAUUUCGACUGCAAAGCGAUGGCUAUAGGAGCGCGUUCUCAAAGUGCAAGGACAUAUCUGGAGAAACAUCUAAACGAAUUUUUAUCAUGCGAUCUUGACGAGCUAGUCAAACAUGGUCUUAGAGCAUUACGUGAUACUCUACCGAAUGAAGUCGAUCUAUCAGUGAAGAACGUAUCCAUCGGGAUAGUAGGAAAGAAUUAUGAUUUUGCUAUUCUCGACGAAACCACCACAGCCGCUUACUUGUCUCAGAUUGAGGGGGACGAUAAACGUGCACGGCCUACAGAGCCAGCUAUACAGGACGACAACAAACCACCGCAAGAUCCGCCUGCUGAUGAAGGCCCACAGGACCCUCAAGUUGCAAUCGCCAUGGAGAUGGAUUGAAACAUAUAUUUGUCAAGAAAUAUUCUCCAGCCUUGUAAGAUGAUCGAACUAAGGGACCGCUGGCCGUAUAUAAGAAGCCCAGUUGAUUUCCUACAUUUUCCCAUGUCUUAAAUUUCUCGGGUGUUAUGUAUUCGACAACUUUCAAGUGUCUCUUUGUGGGUUGCAUGUACUGUCCCAAUGUUACCGCGUCCACAUUGGCGUUUCUCAAAUCUUGCAAAGUCUGCUCAAUUUCCUGGUCAGUCUCGCCCAAUCCCAGCAUUAUCGAUGACUUUGUGAUUAAAUUGGAGUUGAACUUUUUAGCUGCUUUUAGUACGGCUAGCGACUGCCUGUAAAUAAAUAAAAAAAUUCGAACGAUUAAUCGAAUUAACAGUGUAAAUAUAAACAAAUACACAUAUAUAAUAAAUAUUCGGCAAUAGUGGAAGAAAAUUUAAGAAGUGAUAUUUUACAUGAUAAUAUAAUAUAAGAAUAAAGAAUAAUAAAAUAAAUUGUAAUUAAAA